GUCAGUGUUUAGGCAAGGAACGGCAUUUUUGUUUCCGUUAGCAAUUUCCACAAUGAAUCGUUCGCAUUAUUUAAUAUUGUGCAUCGUGCUUUCAGGAAUUUUUCCUUCGCAAUCGGCGCAGCAAAAAUAUUUAUCGGUGGAUUCCUGCGGAUGUAAUGGUUUAAUCUGUUCGUGUUGCUUUACAAAUAAUUUCCCGAAUAUACAGGCACAAGAUGUGUGCCUGGAAAUCAGCGCCAACCCCAAUAGUCUUAGUGUCGAGGCGAGAUUAAACUUUAACGGCGAAACAGUCCUGUCCCGUGCACUGGAUCCGAGCAGCGUCCCGAUUUGUUCUCCGCAGAUUCCUGGUCUUUGUGUAGCUGUAAAUCAUGUAGAUAUAUCUCAAAGGAAAAUUUGCCUUAAAUUGUCAGAGUCAGUUUUUACACUCGCAAAAUUCCCCUGCUUUUCCGUGCAGGGCGGAAGAUUGCAAACUGAGAAAAAUACUUAUGACUAAAAUCGAAUUAUUCCAAACACGAUAUCCGCAAUAGAUCCGCCUCACUUCCCGCCACUGCAACACGGUCCAAACAUUUUUCUUUACGCUUUAUAUAACAAAUUGACGUUGCUGAAGGUUGUGAGCUUAUUUCCUAAGACAAAUAAACACAUAACAAUUGUAA